AUGUCCCCUUCUCGUAUAACCAUUCUGUUUCUUGCUGCCGCUGUUACUGAACUCUCCCAUGCAGCGACUCUCAUCUCCGCCGACUCCCCACUCACAGAUGUAAACGUUGUUCUCCCCCCUGCAGACAACGCCGUUACGAUAUCCCCUUCCUUCGUCUCCCUUUCAAUUGAACAGGACCGAUGGACGGAUUGGUCUGGUACAACUUCAAGCAACCAGUUCUUCUACAAUGCCAUGGAAAACCUGAAGAACCUUUCUGGCUCGCCCCCCGGAAUCAGAAUUGGUGCCAAUAGCGAGGACCACACCAACUUCGACCACGGUGUCCAGUACGCCGAAGACAUUUUCCCAGCUCCCAAUCCGACCACUCCGUAUCCUGAAGCAACCAAUAUCACUGUCGGAGAUAGUUACUAUACUACCGCCAAGUAUCUUUUGCCAGAUACUGAGGUAAUUUGGGGUGUCAACUUUGGACAAAACAACCUCACAGCCGCUAUCGUCGAAGCCACUUCUAUUAUGCAAGCGUUCUCCGGACCAGAAAUAUCUAACCUCGGAAUAUCCUUGAAAUUUUUGGAAAUAGGAAAUGAACCGGAUUUGUACAUGAACAACGGACUAAGGCCAAAGAACUACAACGUUACUCAAUAUGUCUCUGAAUGGACCCACUUUGCCGAUGCAAUUUUCCAAGAAAUAAAACUGAACGACACUUCCACUCGAUUCCUGGCGGGCGCCUUUGCAGGAUCAUCGUCCAAUCUCGAAGGAUUUUCUCCGCAAGCGAUCUUCAAUUUAGGCAUCUCGAACUCUCUCGCAGGACAAUACAUAGAAGCAUUUUCAGAACAUCAUUACCAGGGAACGUUUUGUUCUGGAUCUGAAGGUGUUCUUUCGGACCUAAUGAGCAAAGCUAAUAUUCGCGGUAACCUCUCACAAUAUGCAUCCGACAUCCAAGCUACCAACGAUCAAGGCUUCGACUACAUUCUUGGAGAAACAAAUAGUUACUCUUGCCAUGGCGCCCCAGGAGUAAGCAACACUGCUGGAGCUGCUAUAUGGGCAUUAGAUUACGCGUUAUACAGUGCAACACUUGGGAUCAAGCAAGUCUACUUCCAUGAUGGCAUCGGUUUCAAAUACAAUUUGAUUCAACCGCUCACGCUCACCCGCUCGAUUUUGGAUGGAUCCCCGUUAUCUGCACCGCUCUCACCACAUAUCCAACCUCAAUAUUACGCCGGCAUAGUGGCUGCAGAGGCCAUCGGACGAUAUGGGAACACCCUGAUAUCCGAGCUCCCUAUUGACAACCCUCAAAUAUCCGGCUACUCAUUUUAUGAUGAUUCCCAAGUGAAGAGAUUGGUUCUAAUUAACCACACCCCAUAUUUCCAAGCAGAUGCAACUGCCGGUACUCAGCGACCCGUUGCAAAAGUGAAGAUAUACUUUCCUGAUAGAUGUGGUACCCAAAACAUCGUGGCGAAGAUGUUGGAGAUUCAGCAUUCCGAUGACACAUCUGGCUUGACUUGGGGCGGUCAGUCGUACGAAACUUCAGAUGGAUUAAUUGGUGGCUUCGUUUCUGCGAGAACUGUUGCGUCAAACGAGUACUUAGGUAUUCCCGCGUCUCAAGCAGCUCUUGUAGCAUUUCAAUGCUCUUGA